AUGAAAGAAUUCCAUACUGAUGGAACUGCAGACGAGAACUUCAAAGCAGUUCGGGAAUCGUUCAGAGGAAAUUUCGUCGAUGGUUGGGAGAAAGGCGGUGCAGCCUUUGCAUUGUGGACUUAUGGGGGUGGAUAUGCCGAUAAGUCAUGUAAUCGACUAUGGAACGAGGACACCAUGACUUUGUUGUAUAGUUGCACCAAGAGUGUGGCAGCGAUAUGUGUAGCGAUACUGGUUGAUAGAGGACUGUGCAGUUAUAACGACAAAGUCACACAGUAUUGGCCGGAAUUCGGACAAAAUGGGAAGGCUGACAUUACUAUCGAGAUGAUACUUGCACACAAGGUUUGUAAGACUGCUUUAUACUCGAAU